ACCACCUCCGUGUAGUAAACAUUUGUGUUCAACCUCAUCGGUUUGGAGAACUGUAGCGUGUCUUUUGGUGCGUAGUAUACAGUAGGCCCUUGUGAAUUUUUAAAGUCUUUGUUACUGUGAUUUAUUUUAUAAGCAACGAUUAAAGUUUAGCUGUAGACGAUGAGUUCUAGCAAGUUAUUGGUUUCUUUAUGGACUGUACUUUGUUUUUUAAUGCAAGCCACAUGUAACGUGCAAAUCAGGAGACCACUAACAAUAGUCAAGCUUGUGGGGUUUUCUUGGGAGAACUGCGGAAAACCUGGAGAUCCAUCUGUUAUGAAGACUCUUGAUUUGUCUCCAGAUCCCAUUCCUAUUCCAGGAAAUCUGCAAGCGUCUGCGUCGGGCACAACAUCCGUGGCGCUAGUCUCACCUCUUUCUGUGAAUGUCACGCUGGAGAAAGAGGUGGCUGGUAUCUGGGUCAAGGUGCCAUGUCUAGAGGAGAUAGGGAGCUGCCACUAUCCAGAUGCCUGUGAUAUACUGAACCAGCUCAUUCCUCCAGGCCAGGACUGCCCCGAGCCCCUGCACACAUAUGGCCUUCCCUGCCACUGCCCCUUCAAAGCAGGUGACUACUCUCUGCCUCAGUCUGAUUUCUACUUGCCCCAAAUAGACCUGCCGUUCUGGCUGACCAAUGGCCAGUACAGAGUGCAAGGGGUUUUGGGAAGUAUGGACAAAGAGCUGGGCUGUCUUAAAGUUAGCCUCUCAGUACACUCACUGUAAUUUACAGAGCAGGGAGACGGUGUGAAACCUAUUUGCAGGGUAUUUGUAUUAUGUUCAUUAGUGACACAUCACCAGGCAAGUCUGAUAAAGGAGCUUGCAUUUUAUCCAGUGGGUUAUAUUAAAUGAGGGGCUUGCAUAUCUGAAUUUUGAAGUGUGAACAAAACAAUCAAACAAAAAAAAGCAUAGCACCUGAUCUUUCUAGUUGUUGGAGUAUGACCUUUAAAGAUGACCUUUUAAUCUGAGGUCAUGAUUUUGGUACAUCAAUCUAUUCAAGGAAAAUUUCAUCUCAUUUCUCUUUUUUUUAUGGUAAAUCAUUGGUAGGUGUGACUUGAAUUUACUAUUUACAUUAACCCAGGAAAAAGGAAGAGCGUUUCAGGACUUUUUCUUGGGUGCUGUACAUGUUCAGAUUGAGAUGGUGUCUUUUAAGUUUCUUUCUGUUUUACUAGAUGAUUUGUGUCUUGUUUUCUUCAAAAGCUGCUUUAAGCAAAACUGUCUUUAGCAGAUUAAUUUUAUUUAGAGAUAAAAGAGGAACUAUGACCAUUUAUAAAACAUUUUAAUUUAUAAUACUUUUCUGUGAUUCUUACAGUUUGUUUUCAGUGAAUAAAAAGGCUCUCAUAUU